AUGCAGGAGGAGUACGAUGCGCUGCAGCGUAACCGGACCUGGGAGCUGGUUCCCCGGCCCCCUCGCGGAAACGUCAUCACCGGCAAAUGGGUCUUCAAGCACAAGCUCAGCUCCUACGGUACUCUCGAGCGCUACAAGGCGCACUGGGUCGUGUGCGGUUUUCGACAACGCGCUGGCGUCGACUUCACGGAUACGUUUGCCCCGGUACACUGCCAGCAGCCCAUCGGCUUCGUCGACACCGAGCGCCCCGAUGACGUGUGCUUGCUCUCUCGGUCCUUGUAUGGACUGAAGCAGGCGCCCCGCGCCUGGUACCAGCGCAUCACCGGCUUCCUACAUCAGCUUGGUUUCCGCUCCACGCGUUCCGAUGCAUCGCUGUUCGUCUACCGGACUGGCAACGACAUGGCCUACCUGCUGCUGUAUCUCACCGACAGUCUUCGCGCUGAGUUCGCGUUGAAGGACUUUGGCCCGCUCCAUUACUUCCUCGGCAUCGAGGUUGUCCGGCGUGCGGACGUGUUCUUCCUUCAUCAGCGGAAGUAUGCCCACGAGCUUCUCGAGCGUGCAGGAAUGCUUAACUGCAACCCUGCACCUACUCCUGCCGACACGAAGGCCAAGUUCUCCGCCAGUGAUGGGUCGCUGGCGUCCGACGCGCCGUUCUACCGCUCCAUCGUCGGUGCCCUCCAGUACUUGACGUUGACACGUCCGGAGCUCCAGUACGUUGUGCAGCAGGUGUGCUUGCAUAUGCAUGCUCCUCGAGAUGCUCAUUGGGCCGCGGUGAAGCGGAUUCUACGCUACGUCUAUGGUACCAUGGGCUACGGCCUGUCGCUGCAUGCUUCGCCCUCGACGUCGACCGACCUCGUUGCCUACUCGGACGCGGACUGGGCGGGAUGCCCGAACACGCGGCGCUCCACGAGCGGCUACUGCGUCUACCUCAGCUCGUCGCUCGUCUCUUGGUCCUCCAAGAGGCAACCCACCGUGUCUCGCUCCAGUGCUGAGGCCGAGUACCGCGCCGUGGCUAACGCUGUGGCCGAGUGCACGUGGCUUCGUCAGCUUCUGUUCGAGCUCUCUUGUCCCGUUGACAAGGCUACGGUGGUCUUCUGCGACAACGUGUCGGCUGUCUACCUCUCCGCCAACCCCACUGCCUACCAAAUAUUCAUGAAUGAAAGCCAUCAACUAGUCUUUGUGUGA